CCGGCCAACCAAAUUCGUCUCCACCUUGACUUGCUUCGACUCCACCUCCGUUGGUUGCCUCCGUCCCCUCCGACCAAACCCCAAUGCCUCGCCGCGGCCGCCGAUGGCCGACGCCCCGCCGCCCGCGCCCGUGACCGCGCCGCGCCGACGCCCCCGCAGAGAGCCGUCGGAGCCCCGGAGCGAGAGCGACUGGGAGGAGGGAUCCAGCAGCAGGGAGGGCUCCCCGGGCGCCGACAGCGCCGACGGAGACGCCGUGCGCCGCGCCGCGCGCCGCUGGAGCGACGACCGGGCCGCGCGGAUCUCGGGCACCGCCGCCGACGCCGGCUGGUGGCUCGGCGAGAUCGAGCGCGACCGCGUGCGCCUCGUCCGGGACUGGGUCCAGGUCCAGAUGGAGGCCGCGCGCGACCGCGACCGCGACCAGGGCGGCGCCGACGGCGGCGACCCGCCGCACCCGCCCCCGUCGCCCGCCGCCGGCCCCCGGAUCCGCGGCCGCCAGGCCAGGCUCGAGCUCGUCAUGCGCCUCGCCGCCGACCGCCACGCCGAGCUCCAGCGCCUCUCCCUCCGCCGCGCCGUCUCCGCCUUCCCCCACCGCAACCGAAUCCACGCGCUGCUCCGGGGAAGGUUUCUGCGGAACGGCGGCCUGCCGGAGGAGGAGAGGAGGCAGCCGUCGGUGGCCGCCAGGGAGCUCGGGCAGCUCCGGCAGCGCCACCCCGUCUCCGGCCUCAGAUUGGAGAAUCUUGUACGAGGUCAAGCAGCUAGCCGGUCGGAUUCAUCUUCAGCUCAGACUGUCGAGCUCUCAACCAUUGACCAUUCUGAAUCAAGCCGUGCUGCUUCUGAAGAUACUCAGGACAUGCAUCGACAGGCAAACGAUAAUGUUGAUCUUCAGCGAAUUGGAGAGACAGCAACAGGGUCAGAUUAUGGAAGCAAUGCUCCUAGUAUUGCUGAAGGAUUGUCCGAGCCUCAUAGUCAGGAGGAGGGUUGGCAGGAAGAUUUGGAGGUGGUGGAUAGAAGAAGAGACUGGGAUCAGUUUUCCCAUGCUAUUACUACGACUGGAGAGGGAUCUGGCAGAAACUGGAUUGAAAGUGCGGACAGCAGUUCAUCAUCGUCUGAUGAGAGGACAACAGAGGCUGGAGAUCGUCAAGGUGCCUCGUAUCUUCUGGAAACAAGUGAUGAGUCAACAAUUAGUGAUAAUAAUCUUCCUGAAGCACAUGAAGAGCAGCUUGACAGUAACCAUCUCCCCGAAGCGCUUGAAGGCAAUAAUCAUCUCCAAGAAGCGCGUGGAGAGUGGAACAGGGAGGGUAAUGAUCCCGCACAAGUGCGUGAUGAGUGGCCCAGUGACGAUCAUUUUCCAGAAAUGAAUGAAGUGUGGCACGACGACGAUGAGUCCAAUGGGAGUGCGCAUAACUGGCAUGACGAUCAUUCAGAGCAACCCGUUGACCAGGAGUCUACGCUCAUCAGAAGAGUUAAUACAUUUACCCCUGGCGAUGACGAUAAUGUCUACAGCACAGAACUAAGGGAGCUUCUAAGCAGAAGGAGCGUUUCUAAUCUUCUUGAUAGCGCUUUCCGUGAAAACCUAGACCGCCUUAUCCGGUCAUACGUUGAACGCCAAGGUCGUGGUCCUCUCUCUUUGAAUCUGCAAGGAACACCUGCGGUAGCAGCAGCAACCCCUGACCAGCAGGAGCAAGAUCAAGAAGAGCAGCGGCAUGGAGAUGACGACGAGGAACAGCAACUUCUUCGUGAUGCUGCAAAUGUUAGGCCUCGCUUAGUGAUCCCACCUCCACCUAUGCCUCCUCGUCAACCACUUUGGCAUUCGGAGCUGCAUCAUAACAACUGGAUGAGACAGAACAUCAACCGCUCCGAUAUCGAAUGGGAGGCUAUUAAUGAUUUGAGGGCUGAUAUGGCUAGACUUCAGCAAGGUAUGGGUCAUAUGCAAAGGAUGUUGGAAGCUUGCAUGGAUAUGCAGCUUGAGUUACAACGUUCUGUGAGGCAGGAAGUUUCCGCGGCCUUGAAUCGCUUCAUCGGGGAGCAAGGGGAACCCAAGGAGACCAUCGACGAUGGAUCGAAAUGGAUGAAUGUGAGGAAAGGCACUUGCUGUGUAUGCUGUGAUACUCCGAUCGACUCUCUUCUGUACAGAUGUGGGCACAUGUGCACAUGCUCGAAAUGCGCGAACGAGUUGGUUCGAAGUGGAGGGAAGUGUCCGCUGUGCCGCGCACCCAUUAUUGAGGUGAUCCGAGCUUACUUCAUCAUGUCCGGCGACAGCGAGGAGGAGGCAUCUCCGAUGGUGUGGGAUUCACAAGAUUUACGCGCCCAGGCGGAGCGUAACGAGGAGCAGCUGCUGGCCGCGAUGUCGGUCGAUCCUGGCCGUCUUCCAGCUCUCAACGAUCUGCUCCUCGAGGUGUAUGCCGUGCUGCGCCCCAAGCCCGCUGACUACCAGCAGCGGAACGCCUUGGUUGAUGUCUUCAACAAGAUGGCAACCAGAAUCUUUGGUAACGACAACGGGUUUCCAGUCGUGCAAGCAUUUGGGUCAUUCACAAUGGAUUUAUUUACUCCUAAAAGUGACCUGGAUCUCUCUGUCAACUUCAGUGCAGACAUCGAGGAUCAGUGCCCUCGCAAGAAAAAGAUGAAAGUUGUCAGGAAAUUCGCCAAAGUUCUAUACUCCCUUCAAAGGGACGGAAUUUACUGUGGGGUUUUACCUGUUGUAAGUGCUAAGGUGCCUAUUGUGAAUGUUAUUGAUCGGGGAACUGGCAUCGAGUGUGAUAUUACGGUUGAAAACAAAGAUGGCAUGACAAGAUCGAUGAUCGUCAAAUUGAUUUCUUCACUUGAUGAAAGGUUUCAGAUACUAAGUUACUUGGUCAAGACCUGGGCUAAGAUACAUGAUGUGAAUAGCCCGACAGCGCAGACAAUGAGCUCGAUGUCAAUCAUUUCCUUGGUUGCUUUCCAUCUGCAGACCCGCCAUCCUCCAAUAUUGCCCGCGUUCUCUGCCUUGUUAAAAGAUGGUUCAGAUUUCGCAAGUGUUGAGAAGAACAUCUCGCUCUUUAAGGGGUUUGGGAGCGCAAAUAAAGAAUCGGUAGCUGAACUUUUUGUAACACUAAUGAGUAAGCUACUAUCAGUGGAGAGUUUAUGGGAGCACGGGCUCUGCGCUAGCAAUUUCGAAGCAUCGUGGAUCUCCAAGACCUGGAAGAAAGGAGUUGGUAAUCUAAGUGUUGAAGACUUCUUGGACCGGUCGCAGAACUUUGCGAGGGCUGUAGGGAAGGCGCAGAUGCAGAAGAUCUGCACAUGCCUUGUAGUUUGCGCUUCGAACCUGACAGAUUUCAUGAAGGGCCACAUCGACGCAUCGAAGCUCAAGACCCGCCUGUUUGGGCGCCUGAACCCCGACGAUCUGGUCAGCAGGCCUCGUCCGAGACGCGGCAAGAGGGACCUUAGCCCGGAGGGCAGACGCGGGAUCCAACAAGAGAGGACAAAGCGUGCUGCACGCCACGAGGAACCGGCACACCAAGUUAAUGCUACGCCCGGCACUGCUCGUGUUGCCACGGUUCUGCCUCCCGUUCGACAUUGUCGAUUCCCGGGCAUCCAGUCUGGUGGCGCGCAGUAUGUGCAUAAGCCAUGGUGGCCCUUUAGGAUCGUCCCUUCAGGAUUCGGCUAUGGGAUAUCCGUUCGGUUGCCCCCGAGAGCCCCCCAUCCUGGGCCGGGAAUAUUGGGGCGAGCCCCGGGUGAUCUGAUACGACCGAAUAGUGGAAUUCAGCUGCCGAAGCAAGGCUCGCUUCUCCCGACGCCAUUGCGGGAAAGGUCUGCCAGCACGCGUCGUCCGGGCAGCGGUGAAGACGAGCAGCUCCAUCCAGCACCGUGAGCGGAGGGACGGUGGAGUUCUUCAUAUUAGCUUGCUGGUCUAGGAAUGCAGUUUUAGCUUGCAUAUGCUUUUAGAGCUGUGCUGACUGCCAAGACUGUAUUGAUGUAUCCUUGGGCCUCAUUGUAAAUGCCUUUCGGUUGAAGAAAAACUGAAGAAGCUCCUCAACUAAUCGUAUUAUUAGCUACUAGUACAACACUUGUUUUUUA